AUGUUUACCGUUAACAAUGGCAAACGAAGACAUGACAAUCGCCGAACCGAACGACCGAGCGACCAACCGAACUCGGCUAUCGAGUGCAUCGACUACGAGACGGAGGUCGUGAGUCACCGGCGCAAGGCACACUGCAACAUAUUGAGUUUCGGUGCAUUAAAUUCACCGACUCACCCACCGGCAGCGACACCUACGUCGAUGUUCAUCUGCAUCGACAGUCAAGAGCCCGAAGCCGCACAUGUCUAA